AUGAAUAAAAAUCCAAAAAAAUUAAAACGAAUACAUUCAAGAAAUGAUACAAAACAAUCACCAUCAAAAAGACAAUUUCGUAAUGAAAAUGAAAAACGUCGUCGUGAUCUUUUUAGUAAAUUAAUAACAAAUUUAGAAGAUUUACUUUCUAUAAAAAAAACUUGUUCAUCAAAUGAACAAACUAAUAAAUUUGAUAAAGCUUCAAUUUUACGUCAAACAGUUCAAUAUUUACAAAAACAUCAUCACUUUUUAACCAAUGAUGAAAAAGUUGAAUUAUCAAAUAAGCGAUCAACAUCAUCAAAACGAAAUCUUUUUUUAGAUUUUUCAUGGAAACCAUCAUCUGAUUUAAUUUAUAUUGAAGAAUGGUUACAAAUAACUAUUGAAUCGAUGAAUUGUUUUUUUCUCGUGGUAAAAUCUAAUCCAUACAAUACUGAGAUAAAUUAUGUAUCAAAAAAUAUAAGUUCAUAUCUUGGUUAUUCACAACAUGAAAUUUUAAAUCAUUCAUUAUUUGAAUUUAUUUUUCCAUCUUAUCAUGAUCGAUUACGUGAUUAUCUUUUAAAUGAUCAUAAAGUAUUAGAAAGCUGUGAUUUAUCUUGGAAACGAGCAGUUAAUGAUGAUUAUGAACAAUGUACUAUCAUUGGUGCAUUUCGAAAUAUUAAUGAAAAUGAAAAAUAUUUAAUGUCAAUUGUUAAAUUAAAUACAUUAGAUCGAACAUUAAUUAUUAAUAAUGAAAAUUUAUCCGAUGAAUUUAUAACUCAUUUAAAUAUUUAUGGAAAAUUUAUUUUUAUUGAUGCAAAAGCUCGACAAUAUCUUGGUUACAAUUCAUUUGAAUUAAUUGGUCGAACAUAUUUUGAUUUUGUUCAUCCAGAUGAUUUAUCGAUUAUUGUUCGUGCUCAUCAAUUAUGGAAACAAAAUGGAAAUGGAAAAAGUGAUCCAUAUAGAUUUUUAACCAAAGGUCAACAAUGGAUUUUUCUUCAAACAUAUUCUCAAGUGCAAAUUAAUUCUUGGAAUGGAAAACCUGAAAGCUAUGUUUGUACAACAAAUAUUAUUCAAUCUUCAAGCGAUUCUUUGCAGAAACAAUUAUUAUUUAUACCAACGAGUGUUCAAUCAAACAUUUCGAAUGUUGAAUCUUCGUAUUUUCCUUGUACAACAACAGUGUCACAAACAGAACAUCCACAAGAAAAAAGUUCUUCGUCUGAAAGUGAAAUAACUUCAUUUUUAUCCAAUCUUGGAAGCGAAACCUAUCGAAAAAGUAUUCGUGAAAAAUUAAUCGAACGUCGAAAAACUAAAGAAGCUGAAAUACGUGUUCGUCAAGAAGAAAUUCAAGUUAUUGAAGAUAUGCUUCAAUUUAUUAAUCAAUAUCAAAUUAAACAUUCAUCAAUUGUUCCAACUAGUCAAGUCACAUAUCAGCAAACUAAAAGUCUGGUCACAGAAGAAUUUCCUUUAAACGUAUUUGAUCCUAAUAGUGAUUCAACAUUAUUUAAUAAUUCUUUAUCUGGUGUUGUUGAAGAUUUUACCCUUCCAACCAAUGCUAAAGAGGAUGCAAUAAUUGACCCAUUAUCAUCAUUAUUUUCUCCAUUAUCAACUACAUUUAAUAUUUCAUCUCCAAUAAUACCAUUAUCAAAUCCAUCAUCAAAUAACGAUUCAGUAGACGAUAUGAAUUGUCUAACUUCAACAAGAAAUUCAUCUACAGACAGAUCAUUUACACAAAAUCCAUUUCCUUAA